AUGCGCAACGACAAGGAGGAACACGUCCCGGGUGAUGGAUUCUCUGAUCCGGGAAAGCCACGUCUUGAUCUCGAAGCUCUCGGCGAGCGCGAGGGCUAUGUCUUGAACGAUACUACACUCGUCCAUGAUCGAGGAUUAAAGACGACGCCGGAUGGGCAGACGAUUCUGAUCCCCCAGCCCAGCGACUCACCGAAUGAUCCGCUGAACUGGACACCUUUUCGAAAGCAUUUGAUUCUGAUUAUUAUUUCUUGUACGGCUUUUUUGCCUGAUUAUGGAAGUGCGACGGGGGCUGUUACUUUGGUGCCGCAGGGAGAGGAAUGGAAUUUGGAUCCUAAUGUGGUGAACCACUCGCAAGUCGGGAAUGUCUUUAUGCUCGGUGCGGCGGGUCCGAUUAUUGUUGCGCUCUCGGCGUAUUUUGGUCGAUUUCCUGUUCUAUUCUGGUGGGCGUUGCUGGCUGUUGCGACUGCUAUCUGGUGUGCCGGGGCUCAGAGCUUUGAAUCAUUUAUGGCUGCUCGAAUCCUAAACGGAUUCUUCUCAACCGUCACUCAAGGCGGAGGCCUAAUGUUCAUCAAAGACAUGUUCUUCCUGCACGAACACGCGCGCAAAAUCAACAUCUGGUCCGGCUUCAUCAUCCUCUCCCCAUACAUGGGUCCACUCCUGGGGUCCUUCAUCGUAAACACCCAAAUCUGGCAGUGGGCAUUCGGUCUCUACGCAAUCGAAACCGGCCUCUGCCUAAUCGCAAUUAUGAUCUUCGUGGACGAGACGUACUACGAUCGUCGAACUGGACAGUCUGAACUUGUACCGAAUGGACCGCGCUGGCAGCGUAUGUUGGGCAUUCAGCAGUAUCACUCGAGGUAUCUUCAGAAUACUUUCAGGGAAGCUGCGAUGCGUCCGAUUACCAUUAUCUGCAAGCCUGUUGUGUUUAUUGCUGCUUUCUCGUAUCUUUUGAUGUUUGCCUGGGUUGUUGGUAUUAAUACGACGCUGUCGAUUUUCCUGGCGCCUGUUUAUGGGUUUGGAGCGAAGGCUGUUGGCUUCUUCUACUUCACCCCCGUCGUUGCAGCAAUCCUUGGCGAGGUAGCAGGGCACUGGCUACACGAUCUCAUCGCAAAAAUCUACACAGCCCGACACAGUGGCCGCUUUGAGCCCGAAGCCCGUCUCUACGCAAUCUGGUUCGCAAUGCCAUUCAUGAUACCCGGCCUGAUCCUGAUGGGCUUUGCAUUGGAGCGGGAAUACCACUACAUGCUCUCUGCGCUGGGAUGGGGGCUGUAUGUCUUCGGCAUCAUGAUCGUUACCGUGGCGAUCAAUUCGUAUGUCUUGGAUAGUUACCCCGAGGCUAGUGGGGAGGUUGCUUCUUGGGUUAAUUUCGGAAGGACGACGGGUGGCUUUAUCGUUUCGUAUUUCAUGGUUGAGUGGGCUGAGAAAGAGGGGACUAUCCGGCAGAUGGGGACCAUGUGUGGAAUUGUGGGCGCAGCGUUUUUUAUAAUUCUGGCUUUGCAGUAUUAUGGGAAGACGUUGCGGAUUUGGGCUGGGCCGGCGAGGUUUAAGACUGCUUGA